AUGUGCGGAACCUUCGUAGAUGAGGUCCCACAAGAGUUCCACCGAGAACGCAAGGCUGUCUCGGAACGGAUCUUGGAAACGUCCGAGCUUGCCUUGCCGGUCGUACAAGCGAUUACUGCGGAUGAUGCAACGGCAGACCUCAACCCGGAGGCUGUCGAGCAAAUCAUGGUACACUUCCAAGACCAUGUGACACAGGCGCUAGCCACUGAGCAGCGCAUCCAUCCGCCACAGCCAACUGGGUCAACUACCGGCGUACCGGAGUUUUACCGCAUAUCGGACCCCCUUGGGGCCGAUACCUUCUUAGGAAGCAGAUGCCCAGAGCUGGAUGCCGAUUACCGUGAAGCCAUUCUCCUGGAAGGCUUCAUAGGGGAGAACGAGGCCUAUAGCCCGUUCCCGGGAGGCUCUUCCGAUGAUGGCGCACCCGGCGACCAUAACGUGGAGGAGCUGAACGAUGCCCUCGAACGCGAGGCCGUCGAGGAUGCGCAGAGAGAGUUGGACGAAGCACUGGAGCGUGCUCGUCAGCAGAUGGAUGCGGAUGAGGAUCGUGAUGACCUGAACGAGCGUAGGAUUGCAGCUUGGCAUCGCGAGCGUGCGGCCAUCUUCCAAGACUUGGCUGAGCGCCAACGACGUCUGGAAGAAGAGGCCGAUGCGAAC